UUAUAUGGUCCGAUUUUGCUCAAGAUAUUCUUCAACUUAUCGAUGAGGCGAAAAUUCAAAAACCAAUUAUUGGUAUAGGGCAUUCACUCGGCGGAACUUGCAUGUUAAUGGCAGAAAUUUUUCGACCUGGUACUUUUUCUAGUAUUUUGGUCAUUGAGCCUAUACUUAGGCCUAUUUCCUGUAAAUUAGGGGUCCUUGAAGGUACAAUCGUUACAAAAAGAAGAGACAGAUGGCCAAAUAGAGAAACGGCGCAUGCUAAUUUUAGUAUGAACAAAUUUUUUCAAAGUUGGGACCCUGAAAUGCUUAAUCUCUAUGUUCAAUAUGGAUUAUAUGAAUUGCCAUCCGGUGAAACUACCUUAAAAUGCCCCAAAAAUCAAGAGUUUAAUACAUUUUUUAACGAUGUGAGUUUACAAUACACUACAUUUCAUCAAAUACCGAAAAUUCAAUGCCCCACUCUAUUUGUUGUUGGUGAUUAUUCGAAUUUCGAUUUUAAAGACCUGUCUCUUCUUAAAGCAUCACAAUGUCAACAUAGUGAGAUUAUAUCUGUAGAUGCUGGCCAUUUGGUGCCAAUGGAAAAACCUGCGCAA